UAAAGAAUAAGCGUUAUGGGCAUAGUUUUACGCACGGUAGGAGACAGAAACGCGUGAAAUGUUGUCUGCAAUGUGUCAGGAUUCAGCGAACGAGUGGCGUCCCCUUUAACGUCGCUUUCAUUGACUUGUGUAUCGGUGCGCUUCGUGUCCCCACCCUCCGCCAGUUCCGUAGUUACGUUACCGAUCUCACCGGAGCAUCACAUCAGACCGCCGGUGGGCGAGUCCGGGUGUGUCUGUCUGACUGUGCGCGCGUGCGUCUUAGGAAAGCACGCAUAAAACACCGCGAGGAAAGGAAAUAAAAUGCAGGAAAAUCGAACUCCGUCACAUUUGUAUUACUAGACACUUGUUUAUUGCUCUUGGAAAAGGAUUGAAGCAUGAAGAAACAUAGCCCCGCGAAGGUAGCACUGGAAGUCACCGUACCAGACAACGAGGCGACUGUACAACAACUCAACAAGCUGCUGUCCAACGGCAGCGGUUUCUACAGCCUGCCAGCACAACAUUUCAACGAGGUGUUUCCCAAGAUUUACAUCGGCAAUGCGUUUGUGGCUCAGAAUGUGAUGCGUCUACAGCGGCUGGGUGUGACACACAUACUAAAUGUCGCUGAGGGAAACUCUUUCAUGCACGUGAACACCAACGCAGAGUUCUAUGCAGGAACUGGGAUUACGUACCAUGGCAUAAAGGCCAAUGACACUGAGCAGUUCAACAUCAGUGCCUUUUUUGAGGAAGCGUCAGACUUUAUCGAUAAGGCUCUGGCACAUGGAAAAGGAAAGGUGUAUGUUCACUGCCGUGAGGGCUACAGCCGUUCGCCCACUAUUGUUAUCGCUUACCUAAUGCUGCGCCACAAGAUGGAUGUACGAGUUGCCACAGCUACAGUAAGACACAAGAGAGAGAUUGGCCCCAAUGAUGGAUUCCUGUGCCAGCUAUGCCAACUCAAUGAAAAGCUGGCAAAGGAAGGCAAGUUGAAGACCAAAUGAAAGAAUGCCUCUAUGUGCUCUACCCCUCCACAGAGGGAAUUAUCUCUCUAAAUAUUAACACAAAAGCAGGUGCACACGGUCAAAACGAGUGUGCACAUGCAAUAUUUCCCCAAAAGGCUGUCCUAGUGUAUUAAAUAUUUAUGCAUACACGGUAUGAUCAAACAGAGCAUAUGCAUGGAGGUAUACAGUGUAUUUAAACACACAUACAUACACCCAAAGUGUUGUCCUGAAUAAUUACUCCUGCUUCCAGCUGGCUGGUAAAGGGAAAUCUACUGGCAUAUCUGAAUACUUAAGGCUGUAGAAAGAGCAAGGGCAGCAUUUUAUAUGUCAUAACAUUUUUGUGUGCAUCAUUUCCCAUUAGUGACUAUUUCUCACUAGAGCUGAAAGCAUUCCAAUAGCCAAAUGUUUGUAUAUUUCACAAAUUCAACUUUUGGAGCAUAACAGCCCAACUGUCAUCUGUUAAGAUUGUAAAGUAGAGCACAAUCAUUCAGUGGGCUCGUAUUGCCAGAAAUAUUACAAAUGUUUAUCCCAUUCCAAUUUGUAUGUGGAAGAAUAUGAUAUUUAGGUUAAAAAAAGCAUGACAGUUUACCUUUUGCAACCCAUUUAUAGAAACCUAUAGCCAGAUUUUUGAUGGCUGUACAGAAUUUUAAAUCAGGAAUAAACAGAAGUUGUGUAUCAGUAAAUGCACUCAACGCAUUCACUCAAUAAACAAGAAGAGAUAAAUUAACAUUCCAUGUUGUACUGAUACAAUCAACCAGAUAUAUUUACAACUAGCCAUCCACAUGUUGUAGCUCUGAUUCAACAGACUCUACAAACAGGUUCAACCCGGUUCUAUGCAGCAGCCAUAAUGCACCAGCCCCAUUAGAUCUUUUUCUCGGUAAUGAUAUGGUCUUGCCACUGUCUCUCACUGCCAGUCUAAUGCCACACAUUUUGUUCGCCAUUAUGUAUAUCAGCCUUGAUCAGAGAGACACGUCCAAUAGUUGGUGAGCCUACCAACUGCCUAAUGAUAGUGCCCUUAAACAAGAUUUGUGCAUUACCUACAGGAAAUCACAAUGUUUAGUGCCCCCUCAAAUGGCUAGUUCAAACAGUGCAUCUGUGAUGUCUGUUGUCCAAGAGAUCUAAUUAAGGCAUAGAAGUAUAUGAUAUUUAAGGGUAGCUGGCGUAAAUUUGGCAUGUUAGAGAAUAAAAUAAGGUUUACAUCGUUCCUUGGGCUCAGUAUUGUAAAAGGGGUGAUUUGUCCCCCCAAUCAUGCAUCUGUCCUCGUUUUAUAUAUAUUUCUUGGGGGUUGGGGGGAGGUAUUAUGACCUUUAAGGUGGGCAACUGUAUAUGUCAUCUUUUUAUUAUUUUUCUUGAUUUGGUCCCCAUUAUUCGUCUUUCGGUGUUGGUCCAGGGGGCAUCAGAAGUUUCUGGGGGUGCUCAAGGAAAAUCUAGGGGGGCAAUGCCUUCCUUAGACCCGGCCAUGAUUACGACAUGCAUCAAUCACUACGUCAGUGUAUUACUGCAUGAUAAUAAAGCAAAAAAAGUAAAAGAGGAAAAAUAAAUUGCUAAAAACCAGCGCACCAUUUCUCUUAAUUAUAUUUGCAUUUAAUCUAAGAGCAAAGAUGAUGUUUAGAGCAGAGUUCUCAGUUAUUUUCAACAUUUCUUCUCUGACAGUUAUUUCCUUUUUAAGCCAUAUAUAACCAAGUUUAAACUCUUGUUUUAACGCAGCUAUUGAUUGAUAGGUUAGUGGCUGGUGCUUUGCUGCUUUUCGAAAGCAUUUGAAAGGGUGAGCGUUCACACUACGAGCCCAAUGUGGUCACAUUCAUCUUUGACCACUUUUGAACACCUACAAUUGUGGCUGAAGAAGACAAUUCUCAAUACGUUUUGGACCAUGUAUUUAGCGUCGUCCUGCUUCAAAUUGAUUGUCCAAAAUGCUGUCAGUCCAUUAAAUUUUUUUAAUCGCAUACGGUUUUUUGUAGUUAAUCGCAAUUAAUUGCAGAUUUUGAAAUCAAGCGUUAAUCACGAUUAAGAAAAAUUUACCCGUUAAACCUUUAAACAUUAACGCAUGAAUUCUGACAGCUCUAAUCUUAAUACCAGUUGUUAACAGGCCUUAGUCAUGUUGCGAGUUUGUGCUGCCCCAUCCCUCAUGACUGGAUCACACAAAACAUUUGGGCUAAAAUGCCUGUUAAGAUGAUACAAUCUGUUAAGAUUAGACUGAAAUGAUCUGGGACCUUGUUAAAAAUAAACUUGUUUCUAACAUUGGAAUCCUUCAGAAGAAUAUGCAGAGCUGCAGGUGCUACACCCUGCCAGGAACGGUUUGGUGGACUUUCCCACAUUAUCCUUUUGUUAUUAGUUUUCUUGUGUUUAGGAAUAAUAAUAUAUGUUCUACUUUCUACCCAUUGCGUCACCAUGACUGGGUGGUUCAAGUUUCCGAACACUGAAUAGGCAUUGUUGACAAACAUAUGUUAAUGUUUUCAGGUUUUUGCCAUUUUUGCAGCCUUGUUUCAAUAAAUGGUCUUUUUGGUCUGAGGAAGGUUUGAAUUCUGAAAGGUACAGUUUGUUUUCAUAGUACAGGUAACAAUUUUAGAGUAUUUCAUAAGAUCAAAAUUUUUAUUUCUCAUGAUAUGACCCCUUUAAAAGGAAAACCAGUAUCACUGCGUUUAGAAUAAAUGCAUGUAACAGAUUUGGCUUUUUGAAUUCAUUUUACUCAUCAAAUUUGAUUGAUCCAAUAAUAAGGGCCCUUGGGUCUCUGCCUAGUUCUGACUGAUGGAGGGUUUUCCAAUAUCACUGAAAAUACUAUAGUACAAAUACAAGACUAGAUUAUAACACAAAGCACUACUUAUGCCUCUUUUUUUUUUAAAUUUUUUUUUUUAUAUAUUUCUAUAUUCCAGCUAUAUACUUGUAUAUACGUAUUUAGAUGUUGACAUAUAUGAAUGUAUACUAACUUUCCAUAAUAUUUGUGUAUGACCAGUAUAUAAUAACAAUAGAAAUCUAUUGUAGUCAACAUUCACUUUAUUUUAUAAUACCAUAAGGACUGUACAGGCCAUGGCAAAUUUACCCAAAGACACCAGUUUUGUUUUAUACACACAAUUGUUUGUUGAAAGCUUUUAUAUUCUUGUUUUCUUUUCACUGUGAUGGAGAGUGGCAUAGUUUGCUAUAUUUUUGCUUCAUGAAAUCAUUCGCAUUGUAUUAGAGGAUCAAAGUCUGUUUUUACAGCUAACACUGUUGCAGGCUACCUUACAGCAUCCUAGAAGCAAAUUAGCAAUUGAGUUUUUAUUAUAUAUAUAUAUAUAUAUAUAUAUAUAUAUAUAUAUAUAUAUAUACUUAAAAUUGACAAGUAAACACCUAUAUGUAACAAAGCAUUCAAGCUAUAAACAUUCCUUUACUAUAAUCUGGAGACCUAGGCUUUAUACAACCUAACCAACUGUAGCUAUGGAAACCUGUGUGCCCUCACAAAAAGGUGAACCAAUGAAGAUGGACUGCGCUAAUCAAACUAUGGGAUUUAUCUAUCAGUCAUUAACAGAUGGCUGAACUGAAAUCUGCCUGUGCUUUACAAGUGUUUAGCAGCAACUUUUAUCCUCAAAAAGAAACAAUUCCACAUUCUAAAUAAUCAUAUUUUAAAAUUCCAUAUGCCAGUGAGAAGGCUCAACAUAAAGAUGUGUUUGCUGGCCUCAUUGGCUUUUAUGCUUCAGAUGAAAACACACCCUUUUGUGAUAAUAGAUUCGUGGAGGGAGAAACACUGCCAUCUGCUGUUGAUAACCCUGUGUGGUUUGCACAAACUCUCCUGCUAUGUAUUGCCUUUUAUUUGUAUGUAUUUAUCAGAUUAUAUGUUAUACACUGUAUAGAAAUUGUAAGCAAAAAUGUAAUCAUACUGGGAUGAUUAAAUGAAAAUGACUGGUUGUUCUACUAUAUGGCUUAAUGAUGUCAAUAGCAUAUAUAACAAUGAAUCACAAUGCUGCUGCUUGGUCAUUUUGUAUUUAUGUCCCAUUAUCAAUAUAUACACUUUUUUUUUUUUUUUUUUUUUUUUAAA